UAUAUCCAGCUGUCUCCACCUGUCUUUACUUAUAUCCACCUUUCUCCACCUGUCUUUACUUAUAUCCACCUGUCUUUACUUAUAUCCAGAUGUCUCUACCUGUCUCCAGCUGUCUCUACCUGUCUCUACCUGUCUUUACUUAUAUCCAGCUGUCUCUACCUGUCUCCAGCUGUCUCUACCUGUCUUUACUUAUAUCCACCUGUCUCUACCUGUCUCCAGCUGUCUCUACCUGUCUUUACUUAUAUCCACCUGUCUCUACCUGUCUUUACUUAUAUCCAGCUGUCUCUACCUGUCUCCAGCUGUCUCCACCUGUCUUUACCUAUAUCCACCUGUCUCCACCUGUCUUUACUUAUAUCCAGAUGUCUCUACCUGUCUCCAGCUGUCUCUACCUGUCUCUACCUGUCUUUACUUAUAUCCACCUGUCUCUACCUGUCUCCAGCUGUCUCUACCUGUCUUUACUUAUAUCCACCUGUCUCUACCUGUCUUUACUUAUAUCCAGCUGUCUCUACCUGUCUCCAGCUGUCUCUACCUGUCUCCAGCUGUCUCUACCUGUCUUUACUUAUAUCCACCUGUCUCUACCUGUCUCCAGCUGUCUCUACCUGUCUUUACUUAUAUCCAACCAUCUCCGCCUGUUUUCACCAUUUGCAUAUUUCAUCAUCUUCCUUUAGGGCGGCACGGUGGGGUGGUGGUUAGCACUGUUGCCUCGCAGCAAGAAGGUCUUGGGUUCGAUUCCGCCCAGCUGCCUUUCUGUGUGGAGUCUGCAUGUUCUCCCCGUGUCUGCGUGGGUUCUCUCCGGGUUCACAGUCACAGUCCCACUUGUUCUCUCACAAACUCUCAAACAUGUUCACAUGACAUGAUUACCACCAUUGUAGUACAACAACAAUGACUUUAAUGUACAACACACACAAAGCAGAGCGCUUACAACCACAGGCGCUCCCACACGUCUUCUCACAACUGCCGCUGCUCUUCCUCCUCCUCCUCUUCCUCGGCUCCGCGCACGAGUGACGUCCCGCGACACAAGCAUCCGUUGCUCUUUUAAUAAUCCAUUUUAGCGAUUCAUUGUUGCGGCCCUAAUUGCAACAUUUAUGGCGUUACACCCACACAGCAAUGCAUUGUGGGUAAGUCAACAUCCAUCCCUGGUGUCUCUCCCCUCAGACAGAGGAGGUGCGGUACUGUCCUCUCUGGUUGAGUAUUACCUGGACUCCUCUUCCUCCCAGGUGGUGCUCCUCCUCUCCUCCAUCCGAGAGUCUCACCACAAGCCACUGCUGGAGAAGCUCAAUGAGUCUCUGAACCGACCCGGGUCCAGACUGGCGGGUCUGACCCUGCUGGGUCACCUGAUCCGGAACCAGCCCCCAUGGGUUCAUCACGUGAGCCGCUCGGCUCUGCUGCCCUCCCUGCUGCGCUGCCUCAAGACUGAGACAGACGUGGUGGUCCUCAUCACAGGGGUCCUGGUCCUCAUCACCUUAUUACCCAUGAUGCCUCAGGCCGGGAAACAACACAUCUACGACUUCUUUGAUGUGUUCGGACGCCUUGUUUCCUGGAGCCACAAAAACCCUGGUCACGUACCUGUGGAGCACCUGGUGCACCUCCAUGCAGGUGUGUACUCUCUGUUCCAUCGGCUCUACGGGAUGUUCCCCUGCAACUUCAUCUCCUACCUGAGGCUCCACUACAGCAUGAAGGAGAACCUGGAGUCCUUCCAGGAGGUCGUCAAGCCGAUGUUGGAACAUGUCAGGGUUCAUCCAGAGUUGAUCACAGGGACUCAGGACUAUGAACUGGACCCGUCCAGGUGGAGGUGUUAUGAAGUCCAUGACAUUGUGAUCGAGUGCUCCAGAGUGUCUCUAGAUCCUCUGGAGUCCUCCUGUGAGGAGGACAUGUACUCGUUCAUCAGAGACCCUCCUGCCUCCCCUCAACUCACCCUCACCUUGAGUCCUCCAAACAGAGAGACCCUCAGCAGCCCAGGUUCAGUUUGUCCUCAGCUUCUGUCUGAACGUCUGACUUUGAAGGAGCCGACACUCAGCAGCUCCUUCCUACAGGCUGAUGAUGUCACAUGGAGUCCCUCCUCACGGUGUGGUUUGUCGACGCCCCCUCCUGAACCUGCUGCAGCAAGCCCCUCCCCUCUGAGCAAGACCGCCUCUAUCUCAGGUGUGAAAUGUCCCUCAUCAGCAACACCGCUGACUAACCACAUCCAAGAUGGCCGUCCCAGCAAUGACCAGGUUAAGCUGGUCACACAGCUGGAGGCGUCGUCCACUCAGCCAAUCACAGAGCUGGAGGCAGGAGGCCAGAGCGAUGACAUUAAUGACCUCAGAGAAGACGUCCGACCCCAGCAGCGUUCCUUUAGCUCCACCCCCGCCUCCUUUAGCUCCACCCCUGCCUCCUUUAGCUCCACCACCACCUCCUCCUCUCAGCCGUUCCUCCUCACCUCCACUCCUCGUCGUGGCGAGGCCUCCUCAGUUUCAUCGCUCCCCUCCCAUUCGGGCUCCGUCUCACCCUGCUUCACCCCCCAGGGGUCAGAGAAUGGAGGCCACGCCCCCUCUGGCCACAGCCCCGCCCCUCCGUACGAGCUCCUGUUUGAGCUUGCUCUGCCACGAGCCGCCAUGCUCUUUGUCGGGAGGAUGAGACAGGAGGCUCUGAAGAGAGGAGGAGGCGGAGGAGGAGGCGGAGGAGGAGGAGGAGGAGGCGGAGGAGGAGGAGGCGGAGGAGGAGGAGAGGAAACUUCCACCUCUCCUCUGGAGGUUUUGGAUCAGCUCAUUGUCCACGGACAUGAAGUCCAUGACCACCUCAGCAGAAGGUUGUCAGCAGUGAACAAGUCGAUGGAGCGGACUCAUUGUGGAGGUAAACAGCAGAGCAUGAAACCCAAAGGCCCCGCCCAGGGGGAGGAGCUUCAGUCCCUGAGGAGUCAGCUUUUGCUGGUCCACAGUCAGCUGCAGUACGAACGCUUCAAACGGCAGCAACACGCCGUCAGGAACCGCCGCCUGCUGCGGAGGGUCAUCAACUCCACCGCGCUGGAGGAGCACGCCGUCGCCAUGAAGGGGCAGCUGAGCCUCCAGGACGAAGAGAUUCGCUCGCUGAAGUCGAGUCUGCAGGACGAACGCACACGCUACACACAACUACAGCACGACACACACACACACACCAGCAAGCUGCACACGCACAACCAACAGCUGCUGCUGCAGCAACAGGACCAGCAGAGAGACAAGCAGAGACUCGAGAGUGAACUCCAGGAGCAUCAGGGCAGCUUGAAGCACCUGGAGGCGGAGCUUCAGAAGGCGAAUAACAAGGCUUACAAUGCACAACACCAGCUGACCCAGCUGUCACUCAAGUUGUGUAGCAGUGAGCAGCUGCAGCAGCAGAUCUUCUUGUUGAACCAGCAACUCGUCCUGCUGAGAGAAACCAACAGAGCUCUGUGUGAGCAGCUGGAGGCCGGAGACACACACCAUCGCACGGAGGCUUCCAUGCUGCAGUGCACCGUGGGUAACGAGUACCAGCGGCUGAAGGACAGCGACGUCCAGCGGAGGCAGAAGCUGGAAGCAGCCAAUCACAGGAUAGCAGAGCUGGAGAACCAGCUGGCCAAGAAGGACCAGCUGAUCCUGGAUCACAAGAAGCUCCUGGAGGACACCAAGGCCCAGGGAAGGGGGGGUCUGUCUGCCUGCGAGAGCCGCU